UUUUAAAACACUGUACUUAGUGAGCAAGGAAAACGAUUGAUAUUUCAUUCUAAUUACCCAAUCGGACAAAUACCCUGUAAAGAUUUCUUUAACUUCUCGUUCCGAUCAUCUGUAACAGCUGUUGUUUAACGUCUUACAAAAACGUAAUCUAAAUUCACGAAUGCACGUCCAAAAAGUUACUAUAUUUCACCUUAUGAACAUUCCAUACGGAAGUUUAAUUUGAAAAUUAUUAUACAUUUUUAGUCAACAUCAUUCUUGUGAAAAAUGCAGCCGAAAUUACAAGUUUUAUCUAACAUCAUAGAGAGAUUAAAAAAUGUAACUACUACAGGUACAGGUCAUUUAUAUGGAGUAAAACAUAACGAUACGUUAACGAUAAUAACGUUUAAUAUUGAUAACAAUAGUGAUGAUACUUUUAAUACUCUGUCAUUUGUAAGUUUUUUACCUACAAAUGUAGAUCCUUGUGGAAUAUUGUAUAUUGAAGAAAAUGAUGAAAACAUUCCUGAAACAUUCAAAAAUCAUGAAAUAGUUUUAAAAUACUUGCUGAAUAAUACAAAUGCAGAAUGGUAUUAUAAUAAUGGAGAAUUAGAAAAAUUUAGUAGUAUUGAGAUAAUUAAUGAAAAUAAAUUUAAAGAACAAUUCGCGUACGUUAGAAUACAAUUAGGUAUACCUUUAAUUGGUGAAAAUGAAAAAAUAUUGGAUACAUUGAAGAAGAUAAAUGAACAUAUUUCAUCUGGAAAAGUAGCAUUUUAUUUUCCAUCAAAGAAUAUCUACCUUUUUAAUAAUAAUGAUGAUGAUGAUGAUAUGGAAAAUGCACAACUCAAGGAACUUUUUAAUGUUCUAAAGACAAAUGGUGGAUCUGUACAUAAUAUAAAUGCAAUAUAUGCAAAUGCAUUAUUACAAAUAUCUAAAAGAGAACCUAACAAUGCAUGUAAACAUGCUCCAGUAUUGCAUCAAACAAAAUAUACAUUUGAUAGUAUAGAAUAUACCUUUAAUAUCGAUAGAUUAGUUUUAGUUAACCAUGGUGUAACUUCUUUAGAAUUAUAUAAAGCAUUAGUCAAAUCUAUAUGUCAAUACAUAAACAUUGUAAUAAUGUUUUGGAAAUCUAAUCCUUCUAUCUGCAUUGACUAUGUAAUCCCAUUGGAAUGGUUCUAUUUUAAACCACGAAUACUAGGACAUUUAUUAACAGUGCCUUAUAUAAGUGGAUGGGACGACGAUAGUAUGAUGUCAUGCUUAAAGCAAUUACAUACAACAUUGGCAUUAGAUUUAACAAGACCUUACUUCCGCCGUAUGAACAGUGUGCAAUUCUUUAACGAUGUACAAAACAACGAUGUGCUCAUAAAUCCCCACGAAUCUAUUCCAAGCAUUACAGAUGGUAAAUCAAGUAUUGUAUAUGGAUUAUAUUCUUACCAUCAUUAUAUGCAAAAUGAAUUUGAUGAUAAUGGGUGGGGAUGUGCUUAUAGAUCUCUUCAAACUAUUAUAUCUUGGUAUAGAUUACAAGGGUAUACCGAUAUACCAAUACCAUCUCACAAGGAAAUGCAAAAGUGCCUAGUUGACAUAGGUGACAAACCAUUUAACUUCAUAGGUAGUAAACAAUGGAUUGGAUCUACCGAAGUAGGGUUUAUAUUAGAAACUCUUCUUGGAAUCAAUAUAAAAAUACUAUGUGCUUCGAACGGAGAGGAAGUAUCGUUUUUAGCUUCGGAUCUUGCACAUCAUUUUGAAACACAAGGAACACCAAUUAUGAUUGGUGGUGGAGUAUUAGCUCACAUAAUUUUAGGAAUACAUUAUAAUGAAUCUUCUGGAGAAGUAAAGUUUUUAAUUUUAGAUCCACAUUAUUGUGGUUCUGAAAAGAUAAAUACAGUAAUAAACAAAGGAUGGUGUGGAUGGAAAAGCAAAAAUUUUUGGAGAAAAGAUUCAUUUUAUAACAUGUGCCUUCCUCAAAGACCUAUAUGUAUAUAAUUUCAAUAACCUAAUAUCAUAUUGAAUAACAUAUGUAUAGGUUAACCAAUGUAAUUGUAUUACUUAAAAUAUGUUAAUUGCACAAUCUGCAUUUAUUGUAAUAUAAACAUUGUAAUAUAACAAAAAAUUUUAUAUGCUA